CAGAUAGAGUCAAUUCUUCGAUUUUAUUAAAAGAAUCGAUCGGAGCGGAAAAGUCUGUAGAGCAAUAAACGCGCCUCACGGAAUAAAGACCACAAAAGCUCGUUUCCCGGAGUAAGCCUCCGGUGGUCGUUUACCGCUAACAAGCCCAAACUCAUGGCAACAAAAGAUAUCCGAGAAUAAGCAGCGCAAAAAAAGCUCCCACUCGCCUGCAACGAAUCGCUCCGACACCGAUAUAAACUGCUAAUGACGGCUACUCGGCACCCUCAUCAAUUUCGCCGACGGUGUGUUGCGGGCGUCUUGGCCCUCGAGUAGUGCUCACGGAGUGUGGCUGCUCUGCGGGACGACACCUCCUACAACUGCGUACUGCCGUGUGCCGUGUGUCACCCCCCGCGACUCCAGCGGCCACCCAUCGCCCAUAAACGAUGGUGAUGAUGAUGACUAUCAAAAAGCAGGAAUUCAUACGAAAAUUAAUGACCAUUAAAUCGAAAUUGAAGCAUCAUCAGUGAGGCCCAAACUGAAAGGGAGAAAAACGUAAACAUUCAGACGGCGAACGGGAAACCAGAAUCCGUUGAAGGUGGCGAGCGCGUUGAAGAAUGAGCAGCUGAAAAGCUAGGAAGAUCGAAUGUAAUGAGUGUAAUUAAAAGUAUUAUUGUGGCGCGCGAAGUCGGCGAAACCGGGUGGGAUUGUCAGUAGAAUGUCGACGCCAAUUCGAUGUCCACCAUCGUCGCUGUACCCGUUAGCAAUAAAUGUCGAAUGUUUAAAUAGCCUACAACAAAUUAGCAAAAGUAAGAAGAGCAAAUUUGAAAAGUCGUGGUUGUGAAAAUUUAGCAAAAUUAGUUAUUCACGUCCGCGUGCGUGCUUGUGAGUGGUGUUGUUAGCCUCGGUGUUCGUGAUCGUUAAUUAGUGAAGCACCAAUUAGUGUCGUCGGUUCUUCCGUUUCCCCCCCAGAGGUGCAAGCGAACGAAAAAUACAGUUCGAUCGCCGUGCCCCCGUUGUAUGAUGAAUCCUUCCAAUGAUGACCUACCGCAAUUCAUGUACUCAGCAGCAGCGGCGGCAGUUUCAUCUCCCUUUUCUUUGGCCAGUACGGGCGGCGUGUCACACAGCCAGAAGGGCCAUCACCCCUUCGGAAGCAACUCCACCGGCGCGGCACUGUUCCUCAAUGGUAACGGGUCGUCGCUGGCAUCGGCGGCGGCCAAGGCGGCCGGUGCCUCCACGAUGUUCGGGGUCGGUGCGAAUGCGCUACCCGGCGUACGGGCGGGCGAUCCCGGUGGACCGGGUGACCCAACGGGGAAUCACAUGAUCUUCCAGGGUUACAGCAGCAGUGCGCCGACUGCGUUCGAUAUGACAACCGUCGGGACGGAAAGCGCUCUCGACGAUUGCUGUGGGGCCGCCGCAGUUGCUGCCAGUGGCGAGUGGAUCGAUGUCUUGCUGCUGGUGCUGAAAGCGUCGAUCAUGAUGUUCAUCAUUGUUGCUGCAAUAUUCGGCAAUCUGCUCGUCAUCAUAUCGGUUAAGCGUCAUAGGAAAUUAAGAGUUAUAACAAAUUAUUUUGUGGUCUCGCUGGCCAUGGCAGACAUCAUGGUCGCGAUGAUGGCCAUGACAUUUAAUUUCAGUGUACAAAUUACGGGAAGUUGGAAGUUUGGAUCCUUCAUGUGUGAUGUGUGGAACAGUUUGGAUGUGUACUUUUCCACUGCCAGUAUACUGCAUCUGUGCUGUAUUUCGGUGGAUAGGUAUUAUGCGAUAGUAAAACCACUUAAGUAUCCCAUAAGCAUGACGAAACGAGUUGUAGCUAUUAUGUUACUCAAUACCUGGAUAUCACCAGCACUGUUGUCAUUUGUACCGAUCUUCGCUGGUUGGUACACCACGGACAAGCACAAGGAGGACGUGCUCAGAAACCCGGACAGCUGUUUGUUCAUCGUGAACAAACCGUACGCCGUCAUCUCCAGCUCCAUCUCGUUCUUCAUCCCCUGCACGAUCAUGGUGUUCACAUACUUCCAGAUAUUCCGCGAGGCCAAUCGUCAGGAGAAACAGUUGGCAAUGCGCCAAGGGACUGCCAUGCUGAUGCAUCAACACAACGCGGGCGGUGGCGGCGGCGGUGGGGGCGGUCCCGGUGGCGGCCGGACGAACGGUGAAGCCCUCAGCGGUUCCGGCUCGUCGCGGACGCUCACCAUGCACGAGGUGGACGCCGAACAGACGCCCACCCGGGAUCGACAUCUGAUCAAAAUGAAACGAGAACAUAAGGCUGCACGGACGCUCGGAAUCAUCAUGGGGACGUUUAUCCUCUGCUGGCUUCCGUUUUUUCUAUGGUACAUCAUAACGUCGCUCUGCGACGCGUGUCCCAAUCCGGACAUCGUGGUUGUCCUGGUCUUCUGGGUCGGCUACUUCAACUCGACGUUGAACCCGCUGAUCUACGCCUACUUCAACCGGGACUUCCGGGAAGCGUUCCGAAACACGCUGGACUGCAUGUUCUGCGCGUGGUGGCGCCGGGAAACGUCCCCGCUGGACAUCAACGUGCGGAGGUCCAGCUUACGAUACGACUGCCGAGCGAGGAGUGUCUACUCGGAGAACUACCUGCGCUCAACGACGCAGAACGACCGGCUAAGCAGCGAGGUCGGAGAGAGUCUCUAAUGUCUUCUGCCAGCAUCGUCCGGCACGUCGCGGGAUACCAUCGGCACCACGGUUACCAUCCAUCAGAUUCAGCAUCAUCAUCAUCUUCAUCCGCAGCAGCAGCAACAGCCACAGUUGCAGCUGGAAUGCAGUGCGGUUUAGGGGUUGGAUCGGUGUCGCGGAGACGUGCACGGGUACGGUGAGGCCAUAGGCUAAAAAAUACCAAAAACAUAGAUCAAGACACGAAUCCUAGGUUAAGAUAUUUAUUUUGAGUAAUUUAUAGAGUUAGUAGUGUGUCUGCGAGCAAGUAUGACAAGGAAACAGUGUUGCCUGUCAAAUUUAUAAGUGUGGCCAGUUGGGAAUAAUUUGAAAUGGGGUAUUAAUACUAAAUAAAACGGCAACACUGAAACCCAAAUGUGAAUAAGCGAUUGAACUAAAUGAAAAAAAGCAAAAAACUGGUAGUAAUAGCCAACUUUGAAGCGUAUUAGGUAUAUAUGUAGAGUAGAUAUUAUGAGACAUUCAAUUAUGAUGCCAGAUAAAACGUACUUCGAUUCGAAGAAACAGAAAAAAAAUCCCUUUAAUGGACACUGCUUGUGAUACUGCGCA